CACUUGCUGACCUCGACAACUGAUCACACGAGUGUUGCAAUAGGAUGUAGCAAUCAUAUGCUACAAAGUUUGUCAUCUUGACAAUGAACGGUGGGUUGUGUAAGCUAAUUUCGUGUCAUUCGAGCUCCUGGAUAUAUAACCAGUCCAUCCAGUUGUUCUACAAAUUACUUUUUCUUGCAUCUCAGUCCACAGUCUCAAUCCAACACCAGAACAUCCUUACCACCACUCCAGCUCUUCCAACAACUUCGACCGUCAAAAUGAAGUAUACUACUACCAUCCUCACUUUCGUCUUCUCGUCCACCAUCCUCGCAGCGCCUACCGCUAUCCAAGCCCGCGGCGACGAGCAGUGCACCCCGGAGUCGUAUACGGUGUCUGAUUAUACGCUCGCUACGUCUGCCAGUUCCGCCUACGUCAGCUUCAACUUCAAGUCCAAGUUCGCCAACAGCACCGCCGUCCAAGACGUCGUCAUGAACGGCGCUAACUGCCAGGCGGAUGGUCCCCAACUCCCCAACUCCAACGAGUGCAAUGUCGCGGACCGGAAACUGCUGUUCGAUCUGAGGGGCCCACAACAGGAGGGCUACUAUCAGAUCACUCAUACAUGGUCCUGCAACGGCAAAACUUGGAUGUCUGGGAAUGCGGUCAGGAUUAACUUAAGCUGCACCGAGAACCAGGGCACGCGCACAUGCAGCGGUCAGACCUUGACUUUUGCGCCUCAGAAUGUUCGUCAGAUUUGCAGCACUCCAACCUGUUAGGUUUCUCGGGUUGGUUGAGGACUAGUUUGUGCUCAGGUGUUGAAUGGAGUGUUAGAGUAAUAUUUGCCGGGGGUUCGCUUUUUGCUUGCUCUUGUGUGCUAUUCUGUGUGCUGCGUAAUCAUCUACGGUCUUUAAUGUCUGAGAAGGCUGCUUCGGGAAUGGCAAAUAUCGGGUCAGAAGUAGAUAUCGAUACUUCAGUAUUGAAUUAUUUGAAUAUCAUCGCUCUUGCUUGAUGAUUAUCGGCCCUUAAGUAGCUCAGAUGUGCUUGAUUUUCAAAUCUCGACCCUG